ACCAUAACAAAUGAGGGCAAUGAUGCGUGCCAAAGCACUCGCUACAAACUGAGCUUUGUCUCUCACUUAUUCGGAAGAUUACAUCCGACACGGCCAGAUUGGGAGGGAAGGCCUUUAAAAAAUUAUUUGCACAGCGAAAUGAUGACCGUGAUGCGGUGAUAAAGGCGAAAUGAAGCCGGAUAGCGCAGGCAUCAGAUUUGUUGGGGAGUUCAAGACGGUUUGCAUUAGAAGUGAUGGGAGGAGAAGAUAUCUGGAUCCCGUAUAAAACCCCGUGAGAUUCCAACCGCUUGGCCAGACGGAACCGACCACAUCCACAUCCCGCCCGUGAUUGAGAACAUUCUUCAGUAAAAUCAGCUGGGAAUGAGGAGAAAUUUGAGGCAUGCAUGCAUGAAAAUCUGACACUGAUGCACCUCUAGCUGUUGGCCGCUGUAACGCCGCGUUAUGGAAAUAGGAGGAUAACGGUAUUCAAGCGGCUCUUUGCUCCUAAUGGCAGUGGCACCAAAAUAAACCUGUCGGUCGUGAGGACGUGCUUUUGUACUAGGCGUUUGUCUGAUCAGACCGACGGAAUGGUGUCUUUGAGAUGUCACAGGAGCAGGUAUAUAUGGGCCACUCUGGGAGUGCUGGCGUUGUUGUGGCUCUAUAUCUUCCCCGUGUAUAAGCUUCCCAGUGACAAGGAAAUGGUGGAUGAGGUUCUGCGGCAGGGACAAACAUGGAGCAGAAACCAAACGGGAGUAGAUCUGUACAGGAAGAUGCUGACAGAAUGCUGUGAUCCAAAGAAGAUGUUUGCGAUUACUAAGGAGAACUCUCCAAUAGGCAAAGUCUUGUGGUAUGAUGGGGAGAUCUACCAUUACCACACGGUCAACAAUGAAACCUACCCGUUAUUUGUCCAGGAGACACCAUUGCAUCUUCCUCUAAAGAAGUGUUCGGUUGUGGGCAAUGGAGGAGUCCUGAAACACAGUGGUUGUGGAAAUGAAAUUGACCAAGCUGACUUUAUCAUGAGAUGUAACCUUCCUCCCUUGUCCAAAGAGUACACCGCUGAUGUUGGUACCAGAACACACCUGGUGAGCGCAAAUCCUAGCAUUAUUGAAAAGAGCUUUCAGAACCUGCUUUGGUCCCGCAAAUCCUUCGUAGAGAGCAUGAAGGCAUAUGGUUCCAGCUACAUCUACAUACCAGCAUUCUCUAUGAAGCCCGGCACUGACCCCUCCCUGCGGGCAUACCAUACCCUUGCAGACACCGCCUCCAGCCAGACUGUCCUCUUUGCUAAUCCAGACUUCCUUAAAAAUGUCGGUCGAUUCUGGAAGAACCACGGCGUCCAUGGCAAACGGCUCUCCACGGGGUUGUUCUUGGUGAGCCUUGCCCUUGGCUUGUGUGAAGAGGUGACCACGUAUGGUUUUUGGCCAUUUUCGGUGGGGCUAAAUGAGCGACCGGUCAGCCACCACUAUUAUGACAACAUUCUCCCAUCCUCGAGAUUUCACGCCAUGCCUGAGGAGUUCCUGCAACUCUGGCACUUGCACAAGAGCGGCACACUGCGUAUGCGGGUCGGCUAUUGUGCGAAAGAGGGGCAGGAGCUGAAUAGGGAAAAAUAAGUGGAAGGGUUGCCAGGGGCAACUCCAUUUAUCCCCACGGGAACAGGACGGCCAUCCUGUGAUUAGCAUGAGAAUACUGUGGCUUGUGAGGUGAUGCCCCACCCCCCAAUCUGGGCCUCUCUUUGGUGUCUAUAUGCUUGACCCUCAACUGCUACUUAACACCCUUCCCUCUUGUUGCCAAGGGACUGUUGAAAAAGACUUGCAUGCGUACCCAUCCUCAUGUAUGCGCUCACUGGAAGCUUGUGUUUCUGUAGAAGUACCAGGGGGUGAUGGGGGGGGCUCAGGUGUCAUGUGACCUAUUUAAACUGCAUCUACCAGCAGUUGGACCCUUGAACCUAGGGGCU